CACUUCCUUCAUGACCUCAUUUGUCAGAAAACUAUUAUUCACAUAAGACAGAUGCUUCACAACAUUUUCUCACCAUGAAGAAGAAAACCUUUGUGUGCGAUGAAUCAAUGGUUAUUACUAUACCCAUUGGAAAUCUCAGAAAUGCUAGAGAUGGACAGCUUAUGCCGGAGAAGUUCUACUGUGUUUUCAAAGAUUCCUACAAGGUCUUUGCCAGAAAAGGAAAACCUAAACCUCUUGGAGCAGCUCAAGCCAUCACAGGUGUUUUUCUUCUGACUUUGGGUUUGGCUUUCAGCAAAGAUUCGGAGACUCUGAUCUUCACCAUACCAAGUGUUGUGUUUGUCGUUUGUGGCAUGCUCACAUGCGCUGCAGGACAGUUUCCAAACAUGCUGGUGUCAAAGUUGUCAUUCUUCCUAAACAUUGUGAGCUUCCUCUGGUCCAUUGUGGCUUGUUCUUUGUGCUUUAUUUGGUUUCUCUCAUCUCACAUCAGGCGAUCAAAGUUGCAAAAUGGAGUGAAUGGUCUGAUAAUGGGUCUUCUCGUUGUGGAAGAUGUGAUGGCCAUUUUCCUGAUGUAUUGGUUAAGCAAAGCCGUGUGCCGGGACACCUUCAACAGUCUGCCGACAGUACUGCUCAAGCAAGGAGACUAAAAAAAAAAAAAAAAACACAAAAAAUGUCCAUUGUUUUGUCAGUUUAAUCCAACUGUAUUAGAGGGCUACACUUAGAAUAGAUAAGCUGUCAUGUAAAUCAGCAAGUUAGUUUCAUUUAUGUGAUUGUCCAUUGUUCAUGAGAUGACUGACAAUAUCCAGUUCCUAUUUCUAUUGCUCUUUUGUAUAAAAUUAAAAAUAAAUAGGCUACAGCGCA